AUGGCACGAUUGAUCCGUGAAACAUUUAAUGCAAAGAACAGUAGUGUCAGGUGGUAUGUGAUGGCAGAUGAUGAUACCAUUUUCUUUUUGGAGAACUUGGUGAAUAUGUUAAAGAAAUAUGAUUAUGAGGGUUACUAUUAUAUCGGUGUGAAUUCAGAAAGUAUCAUAUCUAAUAGUUUAUUUUCGUUCAAUAUGGGUUUUGGUGGUGCGGGAUUUGCUUUAAGUUACCCUCUAGCUGAGGCGUUGGCUAAGAACUUAGAUGUUUGUUUAAAUAAGUACGGAAAACUUCAUGGGAGUGAUCAUAUUUUGCAAUCUUGUGUGUCUGAUUUUGGGGUUUCACUUACUCAAGAAAAAGGUUUUCAUCAGAUCGAUAUGCAUGGGGACAUAUCAGGCCUUCUUUCGGCACACCCACAAACUCCAUUGGUGUCCCUCCACCACCUUGAUGCCGUAGAGCCGCUCUUCCCCGCCAUGAACCGCCAACAAUCCCUAAACCAUUUGAUGACAUCAGCAAAAAUCGACCAGUCAAGGAUACUCCAACAAAGCAUUGGUUACCAUCACCCAAAAAAUUGGAGCUUCUCUUUGUCGUGGGGCUACUCUGUGCAUAUUUACGAGAAAACCCUCCCAUCAAGUUUUUUACAGGUACCACUUCAGACAUUUGGGGAGUGGCAAAAAGGAGCUAAGCCUGCUUUCAUGAUGAACACUAGAGGUCUUAGCAGUGACCCGUGUGAAAUCCCUCAUGUUUUUUACUUUCAUUCCGUGGAGGAAUCUGGUGGAGGAUGGCGGAGGGAGGUGGUGAAAACCUAUGUUAGGAGACUGCCUCGGCGGUUGUCGCCUUGCUUGGCGAAUGGGAAUCACUCUGCGGAUUAUUUGGAUAUGAUUCACGUGAUCUCGCCAGUGAAGAGACAUGUUACAGAAGGAAGCAGAAGAGAAUGUUGUGACAUAAUACAAGUGGAAAAAGGGAAUUCUACAACGAUCAAGCUUAGACCUUGCAUGAAAUAUGAACUGAUUGGUUGAAUUUAUUGACUUUUAUAUUUUGUUAAAAUUCAACCAAAAUUCAUCUUCAUGUUUAUAUAUGUUUAGUUAUCUACUUCGAUUAAAGGCAUUAUUAAUAACCAAA